AUGAGAAAUCAUGGCCGACCAAUACAGUAAACUUCCUCAGUAUUGGUAUCUAAGGGGAAAACAAUAAAUUGGUUGCUUAUUUAAUAUUUAUUGGUCAAGAUACCUUAAACUUCAGUACAGCAUAAACACAAUAUUUUAUAGAUCUAGAUCUACCCCUAAAGGAAAUGGACAGUCCCACUGAUUCCGAUGUUGGCGGAAAUUUACCAAGAGAGCUUGAGGAAAUUGCAACUACAAGACCAGUGUAUAAAGGAAAAUCUCCUUAUAAGAAAAAAAAACAAUCUGAAAAACAAUAUUCGGAAACAGUGGUUUUUUUAGAUUUUAGUAAAUUAUUUAGGCUUUUUGGAUAUUCUAACCCAUCAUUGCGUCAUGUUUGGUUUGUCAAGGACAUUUGUGGCAUUGUGUGCGCUGUGUUCACAUGGCUGCUUAUCUUGUAUGCUGAAUAUGUUGUUAUGUUUGUGAUGCUGCUUCAUGAAUCUUCAAACAUCUACAGUUUAUUCCAUGGCCUUAUCUUUAAUGGACUAGCAUUUCUGGCUGUUUCCUCCCACUUGAGAGCAAUGUUUACUGACCCGGGAGCCGUACCAAAAGGGAAUGCAACUACAGAAGGUAUCAAAAGUUUGGGUUUAAAAAAAGGUGAAGUUGUUUUCAAGUGUCCUAAAUGUAUCAGCAUAAAGCCAGAUCGUGCUCACCAUUGCAGUGUCUGCCAGCGCUGUAUUAAAAAAAUGGACCAUCACUGCCCAUGGGUCAACAACUGUGUUGGUGAAAACAACCAGAAAUAUUUUGUUUUAUUUACAAUGUAUAUAUGUCUGAUUUCCAUUCAUGCCUUGUACAUGUCCAUCUCCCAUUUUAUCUACUGUGUUAGUCGAGAUUGGAAAGCCUGUUCUGGCAUGUCCCCUCCAGCCACUACCAUUUUUCUCAUCUUCCUGAUAUUUGAGGGGAUGCUGUUUGGUAUUUUCACUGGCAUCAUGUUUGGGACCCAGAUGUCUGCUGUCUGCUCUGAUGAAACUGGCAUUGAGCAACUAAAGAAAGAGGAGCGGGAAAGAAGAUCUCGCUGGCUGAGUAUGAAGGGUGUUUUUGGACAUCCUUUUUCAAUCCAGUGGUUUUCUCCAUUUUCUACACCUCGAUUUUUAACAUCAGAGAAAAUGUAUUACUCUGUCUGACCCAGCAGACAUCUUGUCUGCAGCCAAGGAAGGCUCUUUCAGGUAAUCAUCUUUGGCAGAUCAAACAAAAAAAUCUGGCAGCUGAUUGGUGUUUGGCUCUACUGUUGUAACCGCUGCAUCCAAGCUGGUGUAUCAUAAUCCAGGUACCAGGUCAGCCCUGAUAGGACAAACAAGAUUUUCUUCACACUUGAAUUAGUGCUGCAGACAUCUCAAAUUUCUUACUAAAAAUGCAAAUUCUAUUUAAUUACUGAUUUUUUUCUUUGAUGUUUAAGCUGAAGUGUAACGUGUUUUUAAAUAUUAUCUUGUCAAAAUGUCUUUUGAACUGUCAAAUGUAAAUGUACUCUAUAUAU